AUGCUGUUCAGCGAUUGGAGCAAGAUCAUGACCUUUCUGAUGAUUCAUGUCGUCGUUGUGCCGUUCAUUCAGCAUGAAAUGCUGCACCUUACCUCGCUGCCCGCUAUCUUUGUCUACCAUCUCGUUGCUCAGCUCCUCUUCCAUCGGAAUAUCAACAAGAUUCUCGCUAGCGAUUUCAGAGUGCGAUAUGGCUACCUCAAGAAGGACAGCCCGAGGACAAAGCUGCCGGCGGUCGAGCUCAAGUGGACAAAGAUGGGCGGCCUUCUCGGAGCGUUCUUCAGGAUAGCGACUCGCAAGUUUUUUAUCGCAGAUGGCCAGGGCUCAAGGGCGAGCUUCGGCAUCUCGCCAACCUGGAUUGUGCACUACUCGGCUUAUGUUCUUCUUCUAGACUUUGUGUUCUACUGGGCGCAUCGUACGCAGCACGAACAUCCCUUCCUGUACAAAUAUGUACACGGCAAGCAUCACCGCGCUCACCUGCCUAAUGUACUCAUGACAGUCCACGAUACCAUCUUUGAGAAGUUUUUCAAUACCUUCAUCCAGAUGUGUCUCAUCAACUGGAUCAUCCCCAUGUCCUUCUGGGACCUUCACACGACCUACUAUGCAAUCCAUCUCAUCGAAGCAUUAGGCCAUUCCGGCAUCAAGUGUCAUCUGACGAACCCACUAAUGCCCUGGCUUGUCUUUUGCAAAACCGAAUUGAGCAUAGAAGAUCAUGAUCUGCAUCAUCGCAAGCUUCGCGGAAAUUACGGCAAGCAGACGCUCGUCUGGGAUGUGCUCUUCGGCACAAAUCUGCCCCGCAUCGAGACAUAAUGGACAACGACGUGGAGCCAGCGAUUAUAAGCCAGGCAUACGGUGGUCAUGGAAAUUAAAUGCAGGUAUAGUCCGCUGAGAAUGGAGGCAAAUUGAUGCAACGAG